CUGUUUGGAGCGGAACACCGUACCGGCGCAAGUUAUCUGACGAACGGCGCAGGUUUACGUUCGCCUUUGGAAAGGUCGCUUUUUUAAACAAAUUUCUUUGGAUCCCAACGAGUCAGUUGAAGAAUGCUAGUUGCAGUUGUCCUAUCGUUGGUGUCUGUGUUGCCAACCUUAAAUGCGAUGACAGUUCGUGUUUCACAGACUCUAAUGGAAAUUGCUCAAGGUGAUGAUUUAAAUUUAGAAUGUAAAUAUACAAGCAUAACAACAAGGAGAGAGAAUUUUAACAUUGAAUGGAUUCGAAUAGGAGAAUCAAACGAUGACUUGAUUGAUGUAGUCCAAUACUUCUCCGGUGGUUUUUACAGCAUUGGAAAGCUGUACACGGGCAGAGUAAAUUUUACAGGGAAUGUCGAGACAGAUGAUUGUUCAAUCAUUAUCAAGAACGUCCAAGUGGCUGACAGUGGCCCCUAUGUGAUUGAAGUUAAAACACCUCUCGACUUGGAAGGCAACCGGAAAGAGACAAUAGAAGUGAUUGUUUUGGUACCACCAUCGCCACCAGUUUGUUCAAUAGAGGGAACAGCUGAAUAUGGACAAACAGUUAAACUGACCUGUCACUCCAAGGAAGGAUCACCAGCACCAGUUUACUCUUGGAAGAGUUACAGUCCUCAGAAUCAGUUAAGGCAGUUGCCUCAAACAUCCGUCCAGGAAGCAGAUGGCUUAGUACUAAAAAAUAUUUCAGCCACAUCGUCGGGUUUCUUCAUUUGUACCUCGAAAAAUAAAAUAAGAGAAUCAACCUGCAAUAUAACCUUAGCAGUAAUGCCACCAUCAAUGAAGAUUGGACUUUAUGGUGGAAUUAUUGGGGGUGCAGUUGUUGCCUUGAUUAUCCUUGGUAUUAUUGUUUAUUGUUGUUGUUGCCGUUCUGAAGAAAAAAUGCCUGAAGAUUAUGAAAUGAACGAUCCACAGCACGAGGAAGAGGAGCUAUCAGAGCGAGAUUCCAGAAAAAAUGAUUACCGAGGAGUCUACCAUGAUGAUGACCUGAGUGAGCAUGACGGCAGGAGUUCUCCACAUUCUUCUACAAGAGCUCCAUUGGCACCUCCCAACAAACCGAGAUAUAGGCCAGAAAAUUACGAAGUGUAGAUUCAGAGGCUAUUCUUCAGUUCAAUGGGUGAAAUUAUAGGGGCUUGAAAUUACAAAUUGAGUUAUGAGAUUGUAUCAUUUUAAUAAUAAGUGUAUUACAUUUAGACGAAAAUAAUUUUUUUAAGUGCCUUUUGUACAGGGUUUUCUGUCAGCUAAGUAUUGCUUCAGAGUUUGAUAUGUUCUUGAACAUGCUGGCUCCAAAUUCCAUUUUUAUUAUGACAAAUAUAACAGUAUAUCUUGGCAUUUCAUUUAAAAUUAAGUACUUUCCUUUUUAAGAAUUACACGGAUGUGAUCUGAUGAAUAUUUUUACCCAUUAUGUAAAAGUAAUAUGCAACAGGAAAAACUAUCAAAGACAUGUUGCCUUUCAAGUUUCAUUGUAAUAGAAAUUGUUUCUCUGUAUAAGAGUUUGUAAAACACAGCAAAGAAAUGCUUUAACAGUUUAGUUAAAUAAAAGUAGAGCAGCAAAUGUGCUCAAUAAAUGUAGAGAGAACCUUAUCGCAUGGGUGAAAAAUCUCAAGUCACAAAUUCAAAUUAAUCAAAGAACUCAAGGCUAGCAUGAAGGUAAAGGACUUUCAAGCAGACCCCAAAAUAUUAAGAAACAGAUUCUACAAUUACAUCAAAAGAGGUCUCGAUAAAUGCUUGAAUGAAAAAAAAUAUAUGAAGGGAAAUAUGGAAGAGCUGGGUAAAGGCUAAAGGAAUCGCUCUGAAACUGCUGAUGAAUAUUCUCCCUGCAGUACUAACAAAGUAAAUGUCAAGAUAAAAUGUAUGUUAAUUUGUUCUCUUAACUAGUAUUAUUGAUUUGGAUUAUUCUUUCAUUAAAAUAAUCCUUUUAAUUACCAGACAAACUGUAAUGGUCACAUUAUACAGAUAAUUAUAAAUGCCAAUUUAGUUAUAGCCUAGGUAAUUGCCAAUUACUUUUAAUAAAUUUUAGCACGGCAGAGGAAAGGAGCACAAAACCUUAGGGAGUUAUAAGUUUUGGAGCUGUACUGUUCAAAUGGCUUGACUAUGCUCAAAGUAUUACAUUUCAUGAAUGCAACUGUAAUUUCAUUAGAAUGACUAGGUUAGACUUCAGUCAUAAGGUUAUAAGGAGUGUUGUAUGAAGUUGAAAAGAAAGGUUGUUAUCUCAACUAUGAGAAAAAUUUAGGAUGUAUUUUGACUGAGGCGCUAUUUCUUUUACUGUCUGUGCUCUGUCUACAUUACUUUCUAAAAAAAAUUAAAAUUAGUUUGACUUGCUUACCAGCACUGAAAUAAUGAUUUGAUAUUCUGUAACAGUAAGCAAGAAUGAAACUUUUAUGUUGACAAUAUAAUGUAAUUUUUAAAUGGUUUUUCUAUCAUGUAUUAAAAAGAUUGUG